GAUCGGGCUGGAAUUUACAAAAAAAAAAAAACCUUCAUUACGCGAACUAUGUAUUUCAGUGUACUAUAAAGAAAUUUCGUACCAAUGCUCGCUGAUUAAGCAACCGGCUGUGGGGCUCAACUCGGCUAGCCGGGAGUCUAAUCGAUGGAAAACGAUCGAUCUGUGUCGUCCCCCCUGCCAGCACAGGUUGAGGACGCAGGUGAAAAUAGAGUGGGUGGUAAAAUUUGUAGGGACCGCUGCUGGUUUCGCGGUCGUCAGACCGACGAAUAUCUAAACGUUGCACAGGUCAAAGUGCGUCUCUCAGGCAGCGUCUGCAGGAAAUCUCAGGGUAUCCCGUUAAUAUCGUUCAUCUGUCACUCACCUACAGAAAUUCUAGAAGCUAUGACAAAGUCACUAGUCCUGUUGGACGAUAAGGAAUCCUUUCAAUUACCGUUCCUGUAAAUUUUUCCCUUUAGUAUGCAAGGAAUGGCGAGGCGGGAUCUUCAGGCUCCUUCGGGAGACCUCGUCAUAGCUCCUAGAGUUCCUCAUGGACUCGCAGCAGCUGUUGAGGGCUUGACGAGAGAAGUUAUUCGGCAUCGUCCUGAGGACAUUUACGUUUUCGCUGCCCAGCAUUUCGAGGAACUUCUCAAGCUACGCGACGAGUUUGGAGCUGUUACGAAUCUCCCCGGAAAAAGUUCAAACACAGCUGCCCUGCGCGAAAUGAACCAGUCCUUGAAAAAGAGAGAUUGUUCAUCGAAUCCAUUUCCGUUUAAUAAAGAUAAAAAUUCACCCACAGAACGAGGUAGCGGAUGGUCAAUGAAUGAGACUGCGAAAGUCCUUGAGAGGCAUCGGAGUAUUUUCGGCGAUAAAGGGCGGAAAGUCAGCCCUGAGGAAAUCAGGGCGCUAGCUAGUGAAAAGGAAAAUAAAUCUGAAACGUACACGGGACAACGAAGAAGAGGGUCUAAUGAAAGAUUUGUUCAGAGAAAGCUAUCGAGGGAAUUCGAAGAUGAGAAACUCAGGGAUAAAAAUAUUUCAAGGAGUGAUUCUAACGGGAACCUUAAAAUUAUAUCGCAGAUACCGAAAUUACCGGGUAAUAACGGUGGAGCCGGACUUCUUGCGAAGGAUAUUAAAUCGGAACUGAGGAAGAAUAGAAAUAGUAGCCGGAAUGUACGAGGGUAUAAGCAAAAGGCUGAAAAAAGAACGGACAGGUUUGACGGUGGUGCGAAAAAAGCCAGCUUAGCUAGAAAAUCUGAAUUUGCAACAGAUAACUCAAUCGAAUGUGAGCAAAAAUUACAAAAAAUGAACGAAACUGAUAAUCAAAAAUAUGAGACUGAUAACAAGAAAUCUUCAAGGUCAUUCGCAAAGAUUCCAAGGACGCUCAGCAUGGACAGGGUCCGGAAAUUCGUAGUUGAAAAAUUCCGUGCUUCUGAAAGCUGGGAGGAGCUCAGAUCGACGGAUUACGUUGGUCGCGUUCAGGAGGUGAUAGACGGUGCGGCCCCUUCGAUCCUGAAAAGAGUACAAGAGCUGAAUCCUUCGGCAAGGGUUAAGCCAGGGCGUCGUUUAGCCGAACGUGGUGGGGGCUACGAAUCCAUUGAUGAUUCAACGAGCACUUCUACAAGAUCCGACAAAUCUAAUCAGACGGAUGAUGUCAGGAGUAAAAGUGCCAUGUCGGUUUCCAGGAGGUCAAGAAGACCGCGGAUCAGAAGACCGGAAUCUAGAUCGAAAAUAUCCACGACGGAAAGUAGAGGCGCCGAUUCACUUGAAGGAAUUGAAACAUUAGCAUCUGAGAUGGAGCAAGUUAUUGCGGAAUCUAAAAACUCCCAUGGGAUUAUUCAAGGUCCGGCUACCAGCGUCGCGGUGAUCGACAGCGUAGGAAUAAUAACUACAAUUGAUAAAACAAUCAAUGGUUUCAAAGGGGAAUUAUUAUCCGAUCCCGAAGACGUGACGGAUCCCGUUAGAAAGAGCAGUUCCGGUUCUUCCAGCAUUUCUUUACCCGCUGUUAGACCACCAUCUUCGAAGAAUAAUUCUAGGAGCGUUUCAAGAACUGAGUGCGAUGAUCUCGUACUGCCUCCAAUACCUCCGGAGGCUCCACGGUCUGCCAAAUUAAAGGAGGAAAUUAUAUUGCCGAGUCUUUUACAAGUUAUCGUAGGGGGUAGCGGGAAAUCUGAUUUUGCGGAACUCGAUCCUCCCGAUGCCCCUGAUGGGGAGAUAUUCAAAGACAGUUUGAACGUUACACCGGAAGUUGGCGGCACCCCGAGACCCGAUUCUCUUGAACCUGGAGAGAAUAUCGCAGAACGCAGGGCCAAAUUCAACGAACUUGAAGGGCAAACUGAUCCCGAAAAAGUCGUAGAGACAAAAGAGAGACAACAUAAAAUCGAAGAGAAGCUUAUGAACAUUGAGGACCACGAGAAAAAAAUAGCUGCGAUAUUGCUGGCUGACGUUGAGGGGAUCAUAGAUGACGAUGUUGACGGCGAGACCAUCGCGCCUGUGGUCUCGGUGAAGGAGAAGCUAAUGGAAAUUCAAGAGGCACAGGUAAGGCUGAGAAAUGUUCUUGAUCGUGACACAGGAAAACAAGAAUUGGCGAUUCCGGAGGAAUCGGCUGACCCUGGAAUUAAAGAAACGUUAAUCGAGACUCACAAUCAGGCAAGUGAGGAAAAAAUCGAAAGAAUAUUGCAAGUUGAAGAUCAGAAGGUUGAAGAGGAUCGCGAACCCGAUACUAUGAUCAAAGAGAAGCUGAUGGAGGUUGAGGAGACUGCGAAGAGAAUCGAAAGGAUUCUUAAUAUGGAACCACAAGAGAUCAAAGCGGGUGAACCUGAAUCUGCAAGCGGGGAGAAAUUUUUCGAAAUAGAAGAACCCCAAAAGGGGAUGGAACAAAAGUUUGAAACGGAUACCCAGGAAAUCGAGAAAUUAGUCCAUGAAAACCAUGAUAUGGAUUCUUUUCCGAAGACGCCAUUAAUUCCCGAAAUCCCGUGCGAAUACGUUACAACCCCGCAGAAAGAAUUGAGUGAAAAUCCGGUCGAGGAACGCGAACUAAAUCUCAGCGCUCAAAGUAUUGGAAAAUCGCCGGAAAAUAUCGAGACAGAUGAGGAACAAAAGGAAGACAAUGAAGAUCGAUUGAGCGUGGGACGAAUCACUUUGGCGACACCGGAUUCCUUAGGGACAUCCUAUGUUCUUACCGAGGGAUCGCCCUAUGAAAUUCCAGAGUCAGUUACAACGGUGAUAUUCCCCGAAAGGCAGCUAGAAUCGGUCUCUUCAGAUGUAGAUGAAAUCGUUCUCAAAAACGAGCCUAUAGAUGAUCGGGAUUCUCCUUCUGAGUACGAUAAUAACGUAGAUGUUUCCUUGGAAAAUAUUCUAGAUAAUUUCAGUGAAACAGUGCAGAAGGAGCCAGUUUCGACAUCAAUUGUUGACGUGGACUUGAUUCGUAGGUUGAAAACCCCCGAGGAUUCCAGCAUCCCUAAAAAGGAUCUUGGAUUAAUUACCGAGGAGGAGGGCGAUAGGGAGAUCGUCGAAACUGAAAAAGGGGUCCGGAACGUCGAUGCAGAGCACGCUCAGGAAGAUGCUACGACUCAGCCGAAAAUAACAAAGACCGAGGACGUCGAAGAGAUUCCAAAUGCCGAGGAAAUCGAACGGGAAGAAACCGAUACGCUACCGUUGGCCGAAGUGAACGCAACUGAUUCCGGCGUAACCGAUUCGACCGAUGAAGUGAAGGAAACUACGAUAUCGGACGACUGCGUAAAUACCGGAGCUGAAUCAUCGGGCCAGAGUUCUCAAUCCGAAAGCGCUGAAAUUUUGUUAGGCGUGAGAAAUUCCGAGUCUUCUAACGAAGUGAAGGAGACCACGAUCAGCGAUCAGCCGUUGGACGAAGGUGGAAAAAACCUCUACGGUUUGGGUCAGCAAUGUCACGGAAUCGCACCGAAUGUUCCAGAGUUAAAUUUGGACUCUCUUCAAGAUAUCACCGUAUCCUCUUUCCAGUUGUCCGACGAUGCAACCGCUGAUGAAGAGGACAAGGCCCAUGCCGUGAGCGAAAAUGAAAUUCCGGAACACGACUCAAACGAAGAAGACCAGGAGUUUUCACACCCGAAGAAAGUUGACGAAGACGGUAUCCUAAAUAAUCGAGCCCUCGUCGAGGAAGUACCGGACUCCAACGAAGACCCUCAUCCAAUUGGAAUUGAUAAUGAAAAUUUGGAACUUACGUCUGAAAAGAUACCAGAUGAACAGACGUCUUUAAAAUCCAUCGAUUCUCAAAUGGAUACUGUGAGUCUGAACGACUUUAAGGCAUUAGAGGCGAAUUUUGCAGCUGAAUUCUCUGAGGAGGUGAUCCCUGCGGAUAUUGCAGAUAAAAAAGAGGAGGAAUCAGAAGGAAUUCGAGAGACAAUUGACCAGAAACUGAAUAACGCUAUUGAAUUCGCAGCACAAAUUACGUCGAACGAGGCUCCAGAUUUAUCGAUCCCCGAGAAAGAAGAAAAACUUCCGGAAGACUCUGCGAAGACUGAUAUCGUCGCGAAUGAUCCCAUUGACAACGAAGGGUCUGGUGAUAAAAUGGAGUAUCAUAUUUACGUGCCGGAAUUGAUAACAGCCAGCGAAGAUUUUAGCACAACUACCGAAAGCAGCACUUUCAACUCUGCAGCGACAAAAAUUCAAGCUGGUGUUAGAGGAUUUUUAACCCGCAGGCGUCUUCAGAGUGCUCAGAGACGAAGUUCCACCCUCGAUAGCGUUCCCUCGAUACAAGACAGUCUCGCAACCGACGCCACUCAUCUAGAACCGAUCGAGGAAGUCGGUUUCACUCAGGCUGCGACCACGAUUCAAAGCGGAUACCGGGGCUACAAAGCACGGCAGAGAUUGAGACGGGAAGAUGCUGUUCAGAAAACGACUCUUUCGGUCGAAAAUGUGUUCGGAGGUAACGGCCUUCGACACACCGGUGAGUUUCACGAUUGUCUACCGCUUCCGAUAGCGUCGAACGGUGAUGAAAAAAAUUCCAUCGGCGACGUUAUCUCGGAUUCCGAGGGUCACGAGGAUGGAGAAAUCGGUUCGGAUGGUCAGAGAAGUCGCGAAACCACGGAGCCUCGUCAUCGGGACGAGGAAAACCGCGUUGAAGAAAACAUGGGAACAAUCGCCGAUCGCCCAUCGGACCCAAAAGAGAUGAACUUGGUAGCUGUCGUUACUUCUGGAAACGAAUCGACCCUGCAAACUCAAUAUUUGAAUUUCAUCACCAGCGUAGAGGAAGUACCGAGGGAAAUGGAAUCCUCUAUGGUAUCCGAUAAGGUCCUCGACGACGAGGAUUAUACCUACAUGAAAAGCAACGUUGGGAUAGAAAAUCUCCCCGUUGAUAUUUCGGGGGAAAACAGCAGCGUUAGCCUCAGGGAACCUCUGGCGAUCCCCGGAACAUUUGAUACCGAUGUUUUUAUAGAAGAAUUGUCGAAGACGGAGGAGAGGGAAGUCGACGGUGAACCGACCGAAGACGUGACCGGGGAUGAAAUUAAAACCGAUACUAUGGGAAAUUCUCUCGAUUUACCCGGGCUGUCGUUGGACGGAAAAGACGAGGCUGCGGAAGAUGUUCCUCGGGUCGUUUUCGAAGAACAAGUUAAUCCGGAAGUUGGAGUUGCUUUAGAAUCUACCGACUCGCUACCCCAGGACGCUAAUUCUCUGGGAACGAUGUCCUUGUCCAUUAACGUUGACGAUAUGUUGGGACUAGGGGGAGGUGAAAGCGAUCUUCCGUCGAAAAUCAAACCAAUCCUAGAGGUGACCGUGACCCCGAGGGACCUGUUGAAACUCACGAACAGGUCGGAGGGCAGUCAGGCCAGUCGAGAUAGGAUAGAAUCGCCGGUUACUAUGAUGCAAAUUGUGCCUAAAAGUAUCGAAGAGAAAAGUGACAGAUCCGAAGAAGCUGCGGGAGACGAAGAACGAAAAAAAUCGAUCGAAAAUCCCGAAGAUUCCGAUGAAAAUUUGACGAAGGAUCCGAUUAAUACAACGGAUGCAGAUUCCAAGAUCUAACUCUUAUUGGAAACAAAGUAAAGAUUGAAAAUUACAGCGUAUCGAGAGCGAAGCGAAACGGGAUCCGAUCGUGUCAUUGAGUCGAGUAGCACGAAUUUUAGACAGUUGUUUACACUUUAUCGUCGAAUCGACUAUUUCCGUUCUCACAGUUUGUCCGUCCGUCCCUCAAUCUUUUCGUCUAUUUAUCCGGUAAAUAUCUCGGUGGUUCGCACGUCAGACGGAUUCUCGAAGAAACUAACGAUCUGAGUUUGCCAAAAUUCCAGAUUUUAACGGAGACAUAGGCUGGCAUUCUCCUCAAGGAGUGUUUCAAGUCAUUAGUAGCGGUCCACUAUUUUUGGCUUACAGGAAUUUACAUGCCUCUAGAUCAUCGUACAUCUAUAAUGCCAGCCGGAAAAUAUUUUAAACCUACAGCCUAGCUGUACUGUUUAUUUUUGUACAAGUAACUCAUCGGUUAAACGAGAUUAUUAUUCAACCGAUGAUCCAGAGCCGGGAUAUAAUCCUUUCCCCGUUGCUCGUCCCGUCAUUCUACCUCUACUGCAAUCGAUCAAAAGUCAAACCGAUUGAAAUUGCACCGAAGAAGAGGAACGGAAAGAAAAAACUCCGUGUGACGUGACGCUAUGCAUCGUACGACGAAUUACGAAUGAUGACCUUGGACCAUAUAUUUUGAGUUCGACCACAGACCCGCAAGUUUCCAAAUUUUUCUUUCAGUAAAUAGGUCUUUUGAAGACAUAAAUUCUAUAGGUUCGUAUUUCUGGCUCACCCCAAUGUAUGAGUAUAUCGACUAUACGAAAAUAAAAAUGGAUCGGUUAUUUCCUAUCUCGUUGUCAGCGCAAUCUCGACAAUUAUUUAGUCCUAUGAAAAUCUGCUCCUGGACAAACUUUGAUUCUAUUCAAUUCUAUUCACGUGACAACUUGCCGACAGGGAGACCUCUGCAGAUACCAACGAUGACGAAGACGAUGACGAAGACGACGACGAUGACGAUGUCCCAAGACAAAAUCGAAGAUCAAGUCUCCCACUCAGGCGUUGAAAUCUCUCACCUGAGCACAAUUAUGUUCGGAUCGCAGAUGUGGAACGAAACGAUACAUAUUCAUCGUUGUGGUCAGUAGCUAUAAUUAAUCCGAUGAUGAUUAGUUCUGCUCUGUUAAUGUGUAUGAAUACACAAAGUAACAUGCGUUAAGAUAAUGACGACAAGCAAUUCAAUGAAAAUACCGUUUAUGCUUUUAGGUGAAAGAAGAUCGAUGUGCGCAUGUGAUAACCCACGGAGCAUUUUAUAGGGAUCGAUGCCCACUUUCGAAAAAUCACGAUUUCUCGAAGAGUUUUCCCUCUGUACGGUAUUCCUCGUAUAUCUCGUGAUGGAUGACAAUUAUCUCAUAAAAUCGAUACAAUCGCGGUUUAGUUUUAUCUACUUCUUUCGUGUCUCUCUUUCUUUUGCACAAUGAAUUCGUAAACAUAUUAUUGUCUAUAGGGCGUUACAUGCGAUGCGUAUGUUAAUUAUUAAUUAUUCUCUUGUACAACACUCGUCCAAGUAUGGAAGUUUCAAGUUUGGCACAAACGCAAGCGCGCACAGGGACCGGGGGAUUCAUUGCUUGGUAAACCACGUACGCGGUAACUAAACUCGGAACAACGUUGAUCUCUGGCUUUCAGUCGUCGCGACGUUGUGCGGCUCAACGGUUCGUUACGAGCUAAAUCACAGACACUGUUCGCGAAAAUCGAUCGAUUCUCAAGAAAUUCAAUCCGAUCGUUUCUUUGUUGUUCGUUCAUUUCGCUUGCAAGAAUUGCUCAAAUUGUGCAGCGAGUUGUAUUGAAAAAAGAUAAGAAGCUCGACGUUUUCUUCAUUUCAAAAGUGCGCCAUUAGAAGACACAUCCGUUGGCAAAGUGGAUAUAACGAUAAUUAAUUAUUGUUUGAAUAACAAAAGGAAGUUCUUUUUACUGCGUACAAUUUGAUGACUUGCGUUUUAAAAUACCAAAGA